AUCGCGCUAGGGGCCGAAUAUAGCUUUACGUAUUGAAACAUAAUCCAAAUCCACUGAGUACAGCCAUUCAGCAACGAUAUGGCUUCAUCCAGAAAUGCAACCACCCGCCAGUACGACCACGACAGUUGGGGCUGGGUAAUGGUGGCCACAGCGUUCACCUGCUGUUUGGUUCUCUAUGGUAACUUGAAGGCGCUGGGUGUCCUCCUCAUUCCGAUGACCAACGACCUGGCAAGCGACCUGUGGCUGGUCGGAUGGGUUGCAGUGUUGUACGAUAUUAUGCAUAAUUGUAUGGGGCCUGUUGUCGGAGCACUAAGUCGCUUGCUGGGCAGCCGUCCCAUGAUGGUGUUUGGUGGACUUCUCACUACGCUAGGCUUCAUGUUAACGUCAAUAUCAUCCAACGUUUUCGCUGUGGCUGUUUUUAUUGUUGGAUUAUCAGGUAUAGGGACUGCAUUUAGUACGUUCAUCAGCUUGGCACUCACGGCUUCGUACUUCAAGGACAAAUAUCCACUUGCCAAUGGACUAUCAACAAUGGGUGGUCCUAUUGGGAUGAUAGCUUACGGACCAGUUACGCAGUUGCUUCUGGGCACCUAUGGCUGGAGAGGAACCAUGCUCUUAGUGGGAGGUAUCUCGUUUCAUCUAGUGGCGUGUGCUAUGUUGGUGCGACUGGAUCCAUCUUCCUCCUCACCAGACAAUGAACAGUACCAAGAGGUUUCGGUAAACGAUGGGGACGAAAACCAGUCGGCGGGAGAAGUCAGAGAUUGUACUGAUGACAAAACUGAUAACUCAAAGAAGUGUUGCUGCGAUCCAGACCAUCGACAAUAUAGGACUGGAAUGUGUUGCCGAAACAUUGUGAAAGCAAUUGAUAUGGCUUUGCUGACAGAUGUCAGGUUUGUUUUGCUAACUUGUGCGAGAUGCACAGCCAAUUUUACCUAUAGUGCAUGGGUGGUUUACAUGGUGUCGCACGGGCAGUUUCAGGGCCUUAGUGAAAUUCAAGCUUCGUUUCUGCCCACUGCGUUCGGUGUUGGCAACGUUAUCGGAAAGUUGGUAUUGCCACUCCUGCAGCAGAUCGGCAUUAAACCGUCCAUGACAUUCUGGGCGUGUUUUGGGGCAGGUAUCGUCAGUGUAUCGUUCCUCCUUGACGCCUUCAUCAGACCUUUCAUCGGACAGUUAGCUCUUACUGGAUUCGUAGGCGUUGGUUACGGUGUGUUUUUUCAAGCCCUUGACGUCAUGGUACGGUUUCUUGUGAGUGAUCACCGGUUUGUUAGUGUCCUGGGAUGGCAAGGAAUGUUCGUUGGCGUUGCUGGGACACUCGGUGGAUUGAUAUCAGGAUGGAUUUACGAGUGGACGGGAGGUUUCAGUAUAGUUCUCUGCGUGUUUGCUGGAGUGACGUUGCUUUCUAUUCCCUUCUUCGUUACCGAAGCUCUAUACGCCAAGCGAAAGGCGCUCUAACAUGGAUCAUAUUCUAAAAAUUUUGGAUCCUAUAAUUUUCGUUUCUCUUGUCCCUGUUGCAUCCGUGUACGAUUUUGUUA